GUAAACAGACGUCAGAAGGGAGUCUUCGCCUCGAGUCAAAACAAAACAAAAAAGAACUACGAUGAAUGAAUAUUUCGACCACCAGAACAGCCACAAGUUGAGCAAAACUAAUUACUGAAAGAGUGAAAAUCCAAAAGGAACCUACGGAACCAUUUUUCUCUACUUUUUAAAGGAUUUGUAAACUCCGAAAUAACUGGAGUUAGCCAGCUAGGUGGCUAUCACGCUAUUUUUACAACUACGUUUGGUGUGUUUGAGAGUGCAGCCGAGGUGAAACGUUACGGGUAAACUUCGAGAAACCCUGGAUUACGAACUGUGCGUCAAAGUUCCAGCGGGACACCGACUGAUUGGAGUUAAAGGACAUUCUAGAGGUUUGUGUCCGCGCCUGCAUCGUGCUGCCGCUGUUUCUGCCGCCGCAGCUGCUUGUGGAGAAACAUGGCAGAUGGUGACACGCGCGUACCCACAAUGUGGAGUAGCGUGAAAACCUGAACCAGAAAAUCUGACUUUGUGAUCGAAUUACCUCCUCGCUUUUUUCUUGCAGACCACCAUGAUCAAACGGUUCAUUAAGGUUUUGCUCCCAACAUUUAUUUUUGUCCGUCAACUCAAAAACGUAGCAUACGUUAAUGCAGUAGCCAAAGAAACAACAUCCCACGUACUGUUUUCACUUAUUUACAGCAGUUAAUGUGUAAAUGUUUAGAUAAUACUAUUAACUUGAAACAUUGAUACUUUUAUUGCUAGAAGAUCCGUGAUGUUUCACGGAGAGCAGUCACUUAUGUAUUGUUUAUUCUGUUAUCAUUUAGCUCUUGUUUCCUAAAUUCUGAUUCAUAUAUACAUAUAUACACAUAUAGAAAUCACACAUUUAUGAACACAUUUGUAACUAUUAUUAUAUUGGCUCUAGUAUUCUAUUAAAUAAUAAUUAUUUUUCCAUGCGAAGGAACGAGACUGCUCGUUGUUUACAAGUGCAGACCGGACAUCGUAAACCUAUUCGGUAUUUUGUAAUAGUGACCCACUGUGGUAAUCCUUAUUUGUUGGUUCUUUGUAAAGCUACAUGUCUUUCAGGGCUACUCCUUAAUUUUUUUCAGUGGUGCAAUUUAAAAAAAGAAAAACUGCAUUUGAAAUUUCAUGUAGUAAUUUGUCAUGCUUUUACAGCUAGUUUUUAAUUUGGCUAGGUUAUUAGAAACAUCGCGUCUGUUUAAAUUCACAUGAACAAACAAAUAAUACUAAAUUGAGACAAAUGUAUUUUUUUAAUUUAAAAUUUACUAUACUGCAAAAUUUUUCACUUAACACUUAACGUGGGCCAUCAAUCACAUUGGUUUCUAAUUGCAAUCCAGAUGUUGUCGUGCAUUAGUCCCUUGCUCCCCUUUGUUCUUUCACACAAAGGAACCCUCAUCCCAGCCCUCUUUACUCUAUGUAAAUCGGAAGGUUUAUGAUAGUUACUAUUAAGGAGAUUAUUCGGGUCCCCUAAUCUCCAAUCUCGGGAUUAACUGCCGCUAUAUUGGUGUAUCCAGAUUAUUGUCUCUCUUCUAUUAGUCCCCUGAGUAGGUGAAGGAAUAUAGCAUUUUUUUUGUUUGGAUAAGCAAGUUUACAUUUAACUCUGGUUAUACAAUCAUUCACUUAGACAAUCCAGCCUAACUUCUCUUUGUGUAUAAUAAUAGGUGUACAUUUUCACUGUUCCUAUUCAACUGACCCUCUUAUGUAGACAUUUUCAUUGGGAUGUCCAAACAUUUCUCACCAUUAUUUAUUUUGUGUCAUUAUAUUUUAAGUGUUGUCUCUUAGUUGUGUACAUUUGGGAUAGGUGAGAAGGGUUAGCAGACGUUUCUUUUGAGGAAAAUCUCUGAACAAAACCUUACAAUGGAGGACCCAAAGGCACCAGCGAUUGACCCAGAUUUCGAGCCACAAAGCAGACCUAGGUCGUGCACGUGGCCGCUCCCCAGACCCGACAUCUCAGCUGUCAAACCCGAGGGGGCAGACGGCCCUGAAUCCGCCGCGGGAACCCCGCCCGCGGACGAAGACAAACAGGAGCAGCAGCAAAUCAUAUCAGAGCCUGAGAAAGCUGUGGUCUCAGAGGGAGGGGCCAUAGCCGGAGUGGGCGGAGCUGCGCCCCGUAAAGGGUCUUCCAGACGCAACGCGUGGGGCAACCAGUCGUACGCAGACCUGAUCAGUCAGGCCAUUGAGAACUCGCCGGAGAAGCGCUUGACCUUGGCACAGAUCUACGACUGGAUGGUGAAAACUGUGCCUUACUUCAAAGACAAGGGAGAUAGCAACAGCUCAGCGGGGUGGAAGAAUUCAAUCCGCCACAAUUUAUCGCUGCACAACAAGUUCCUGAGGGUCCACAACGAAUCGACGGGCAAGAGCUCCUGGUGGAUGCUGAACCCCGAGGGGGGCAAGACGGGCAAAGCCCCGCGCCGCCGCGCCGCCUCCAUGGACAACAGCAGCAAGCUGCUGAAGAGCCGCAUGCGUGCCAAGCAGACCAAGAAGGCGGCGGCGGGCCUGGGCGGUGCCGCGGGGGGUGACGCUGACGGCGGAGCGGACAGCCCCAACUCGUCCCAGCAGUUCCCCAAGUGGGGGGUGAACAGCGGCAGCCCCUCGUCCCGCGGCAGCCUGGACGACGGUGACAUAUGGACCAGCUUCCGCCCACGCACCAGCUCCAACGCCAGCACCCUGAGUGGCCGGCUCUCCCCCAUUGCGCCCGGCCAGGAGGACGAGGACGAUCUGCCCGAAGAGGGCCUGUUGGGAUACCCGACGGGCAACCUGCCCCCCACCCUCACCGAAACCCUGAUGGAGGAGCUUGACCUGAUUGACGGCCUGACCCUGAUGACGGGGCAGCAGGGCGGGGCCAGCCCCAGCACGGCUCCGGCGGCGCCGCCCACCCCCCUGCCCUCCGCCUCCACCCUGCUGCCGCGGGCCUCCGGGUUCCCCUCCUUUCCGCGGCUGCAGCCGAGCCAACCCCUCUCAGGCCCGCCGAACCAGGCCGGGGGGCAGCUGCCGGGCAGCCAGUGUGGCGGCAACAACAAGCCCUCAAACUAUGGCAACUCCCUGUUCAACCCCGUGCCCGUGGCGGGCUCACGGGGGGGCGGGGGUCACUACGGCACCCACGUCCCGUCCAGUCUGGAGGCGCUGCUCACCUCCGACUCGCCUCCCCCCAGCGAUGUCAUGAUGACCCAGGUGGACCCACUGAUGCCCAGCCCGGGUGGCGGGGGCAUGAUGGGGAUGGGGGGGCCCGUGGCGGGCGGGCGGCCCAAGCCCGGUCAGCUGCUGCUGGGGAAGGGACUUGAGCCCAACAGCGCGGCGCCCAUGGGAAUGCAGUCCCAGCACCACCAGCACUCCCAGCUGGGCCUGGGCAUGAUCCUGUCGGGCAUGACUCAGGACUCUGCCCAGCUCUCUGCCCUCAAGGCCCAGCAUGCCCAGCAUGCCCAGCUGCCGGUCCUGGGGCCUCAUCACGGGGGCACCGGUGUGGGUCUGCCGGGUUUGGGCCAAUUCGGACCACAGAGCUGCUUCCUGCCCAGUCAAGACCGCCUGCCCACCGACUUGGACAUUGACAUGUUCACGGAGAACUUGGACUGCGACGUGGACUACAUCAUCAACAGCGACCUCAUGGAUGGAGAGGGCAUCGAUUUCAACUUCGACCCCAUAAUGCAAAGCGGGCAAAGCUACUCUGGCCCUUCGACCACACAGAGCUCCGCCCAUAAUUGGGUACCCAGCUAACUUCCCAGCACCCCCUGCGGUGUUGGCAAGGUGUGCUGAAAUUACACCUUCAGGUUCUAGCCUACUAGAAGUCAAGUCCUCUACAGCGACACCACACUUAUCCACCCCCAUGUUUUCCCUCUCUUAGUAACUCACUUCCUGUAUCUUGUGCUUUGUGCCGGAGAUUAAUCUAGAACAUCAGCAGCUACACAUGGAACACAUUUGCCUUAUUGUGGCAAGUAAGGAUCUCCAUCUCACAAAAUGAGAACCCGAAAGUAAGAAUAUCACCUGGUGCAUAAUGUUCUUCAUCUCACAACUGGCUGGAGAUCGCAGGCAAUUUCUUCAUUUUUUAAAAAUGUUUAGCUUUUUUUUUUUUUGUACUUUCGAGUUUCCCUUUGGACUUAGAUGCAAGGAGACCUCUGACAUUCAUGUCACGUGCCUAUCCAAGUGGACAGUUAGGGGGUCAACCAUGCAUGAGGCUUCCCCUGGGUUGGAAAACCUGGAAUUUUUGGGGGUAUUUUUGGAGUGUUUUUUUGGAAGAGCAUGGUAUAAUUUUUGGGACGUAAAAUGACAAAGCACAACUAACAUCUAUAAACUACUUGAGGUAAAUACAGAAAAAUAUGACUUUACCAAAGUAGUUUUAGGAUGAAUAAGUUACAUCUAUUUGAUGUCUUUGAUGUUGAAGGUGGAGUGGAGAGUGUACAAGGAAAAAGAAGAUAGCCAGUGUUUUUGGACAUUAUUGUUAGCGGUGAAUGAUUAACGACUUCGCCAUCUUUGACAAGAAAUUAAGCUUCUGUGUCUUUAUGGGGGAGCAGUGUUCACACACAGGAAAAGACUGUGAAGAUGCAGCUGGACAUUUCCACUGACCAAGGCUGAAAUGUUAACAUGCUCCAGACCAGGUUGAGGGUGCAUGACAAUACAUUGGAAUUCGCCUGUUGGCCAAACUUAGUUUAGUGUGUUUGUUUGGUCGUUUGGUGGUACGAUGCUCGUUUCUGUUUCAGCGAAGAGACAGAGGCUGCAGAAUAACUAAUUUCAGUGGUAAUUCAAUAAUUUGCAAUAAUUACAAUUUGGCAUUCAUUAAUCUGCUCAGUGUGUGCUAAAGAGCAGAGUAGAUAUCACUUUGGGUGCCCCCCCCCCUCCUUUUUGUUUUUAAAUGUACAUUUACAAUUAACAAUAUGAAGAAAUGUCAAACUUUAGUUUUUUUGUUUUUUUACUUACAGGGGGCAUUCAAAGGUAAUAUUAUUUUCCAGCCAAUGAUUUGGUUGGCUGAGUAUUAUUGUUGUUGAAAGCAAUGAGUCUCUACUGGUGUGGUGGUCGCUGGGAGGUUUAGAGGGGCCAGAUUUGGCUACGGUACCUGGGAGGGUUUCGGCAAAAGAAGAGACUAAAUCCAAGUUGAAUAAUUUCAUCGGGGUGGGGGGGUUGUGUGCGUGCUAUGCAGAUCAUUCAGGAGAACCGGAAAGAAAUCUUGAAGGAAAUAGUUAAGAUCUCUUCUGGAAGGGUUUUGCUAAAUGUUGUAUCCCCUCAAACAAGGGAACCCAGGGCUUCAGAUGGGAAUGUUUUCUCUCACUGAUUACACUUUGUUAUACAUACUAACACAGUCUUUUUUUAAUACAUGAGUACAAAGUGUGAGAAGUAAAAAAAAAAAUUUACAAAAGAAAAAUUAUAUUUGACUAUAGUUUAAUAUACAAUUUAGAUGGAGGUUAUACGUGAAAUAUUAACAGAUAUGAAUAUAUUAAUAAUCAGAAAUCUUUUUGUAAUUGGAGAAAAUAAUUUUAGAUCAUUUUAACGGUCAUUUUCUAUAUAUUCUUUUAUUUUUGUAAAAGAUGAAAUGCAUGUAGAUUUUAUACAUAACCAAAGGAACACUAAUAAUUGCAAGGCAGAUAAGAGGGUGCUUGGAACAGGUAUUUCAGUGUAGAUAAGCUUGCUGAGUGGAGCCUGUUCAAAGAAAUCUGACAUUUUAAAGGAUUCUUAAUUUUUUCAGACAACCAAAUCACUUUUUGAUUUAAAUGGCAUGUUAUAAAAAGGUCCCAACACUUUUUGGUCGCAAUUUGUUUUUCAGUAACUUAAACACGAACCAGCCACUUUUUCGUGCAGUAUGGAAGCUCCCGAAAAAAAACAUUAACAAAUGUGAAAACGAAAUGAAACUACUCACAUUUAUAGCGAUGAUUUACUAAUUAAAUUGUCGUUACACCCUUUUGCUUGCAAUGUUACGUUAAAUGUUGUAAGCCGUUUGCCCCAUCCAGCUGUUUCAUGUUCCAUGGAGCCUGCUGCUAGAAUGGACUGAACUAUUGCUCCAGUCACAACCCAGUGGAAUAUAACGUUGCAAAUUGGCAGUUACCCAAUUUUAUGUGUGGAAUGUCUGAAGACCCGUAUCACUUUACGAAGAGCUUUACGGUUCUAAAAGGAAAAAUAUUUAUGUUUGCACCAGGAUAAGGAAGUCGAUUGGUGGUUGGGGUAUGUUUCUUGAAAACAAGUACAGUUACAGAAAACAACAACAUUCCAUUGACAUUAAAGAGGUUUGGUUGUCGAAAAGCACAAUUCUCCUUUAACAAAUGACAAGCAGGUGAGGCGAGGGGAACUGCAUAUGUGAACCAGUUUAACUUGAUUUUUCCCCAAAACUACUUAUUUGAGUUGGCUUGCGUAAUUUAAAUCUGCAGUAACUCUUUGGGUUAUUCAAACAGAAUAAUGGAAAAUAUGUCCUUUAAAGCUGGGGUCCUAAAUCCUGACAAAGUGGUCAUCCAAUCUGUGUUUUGGUAAAAGGUUGAUGAAUGUGACUAUUCUUAGUGUCAUAGAGCAAUCAAUGCAUGGACUGAAAUGAUCGUGUGAAGUUGACCUGGUUUUGUACAUUGACAUUGUUUACAAACAAACUCAUGUUUGUAGAUCUGAUACAGCGGUUGACCUGAACUCAAAAACCAUGUUAUAUUCUUCAAGAAUUGAAAGUAAUAUUAGUAUUUAAAAAUGUGUCCAAACAUUCAUAUAGAAACUAACGCUCCCAGCUGUCAGGUGGCAAUGCUAUUCAAGGUGAUUUUCUUUGUUAAAACACAAGACUGGAAACCAACAGCCCAUUUCCUUGACCAAGGAAUACUUGGAAUCCUGCCACCUUCAAUUAACACGUUAAAACGGAAAAGUAGAAAUUCAUAAGACAGACGUAUACGAGACCUUUAGUCAUGUAUUUCAUAAUGACAGUCUCGUUUAAAGUUGUUUAACUACCCACAUGGAACACUAAAACAUGUCAUAUCAUAGAUGUCCUUUUUCAUGUUGUCCUUUUUUUGUGUUAGGCGGGAAGUUUGUAUUUAAUUAUUUGUUGAGUUGUAUUUGAAUUUUCAUUUUUUUUACUGUUGGUUGACCAGAUUUUCCUCUGAAAUGCAUCCUAGAGAUAGUCGGACAUCGUCAUUCAUAGUUUCACUGUAACCAUGUGAAUACAUAGCUGUUCAUUUGUACAAAGCACUCUUUCUCACAGAUUUUUCUAUUGAUCGGUGCUAGUUGUCAUUCAUGACACACCUGAAGAGGGCCAUAUUGCUACCGUGCGGAUGUAGAUUCAUUCAGGGCCUUAAUUCAUUCUUAUGCAGCGCAAGGAUGUCUUGAGUACAGUUUGUGGUUAGUUAAACAGACCUUUUAUUCUUAUUUUUCAUUUAUAUAUAUAUAUAUAUUGUGAUCCCCCCAAACGUUGUCACUUAUAAUAGCUAAUAAAAUAAAUUAAAUGUAAUUUGAGGUAUUUUAUUAAUCCAGAAAUCUAAGCAAAAGGCCAUUAUUUUACCGGGGGCCCAUUUGAUUUACGUCUAAUCAACUUGGCCGCUGUGAUUGAGUCAUAGCAUUGUUAUGGUCAUCGGCCAGGUCUUUGAAAUGUAUUCAGCCCCUGUGCAUCUUGGGAUUGUGUGACUGUUGAACAAGAGUGACUGUAUGGAAGCAGGUGUGUCGGGUGGCGGUGUAACUGAGCCGCUAGGUUGACUGAAAGUGUUCGCGGCUGUGUUUUUAAAAGCAGAGGGUUACGCGCGACAUUCUUUUCCAUGGGCGAUGUAUGCCAGGCCAUGUCUUGAAUGCUGUUCUGGUGUUCCCUUUACGUUCAACUGCAAUCAUGGCCUUUUGGCUUUGUGUCCCCUAUUUCCUGUCAUUUCUCUCUUUAUAGUUUUCUUCAAUAUCUUUAAUACUCUGUUUCAUACGAUAAAUACUUUCUUAUUUUGAAAUAAAAAAAAUGCCCCCCACUUUGGUGAUACAGUAUUUUAGUAGGUAAACAGGUUUGAGUACCUUUUUGCAUUUUUUUUUAAGGGGUUGGGGGGGGUUGUUGGUUGGGGAUGAUGAGUUGUGCAUAGCCGAUAUGUGUUGAUUACUUUUGAUUAAUUUUUAUAGUUUGUCUCCUCCCAAUCUCACUUUACAUAUUGUAAAGUCAGCCAGAGAUGAUAUUGAAUGCAGUUCUGGAAAGUGGAAAUAAACGUAAUCUGUUUAACUCA